UAAUAGGUGUGACAAAUGAAAUGGGCGUGUCUCAAUAGACUGACGGCUGCGAAAGGCGUGGCAGCAGUGUUGCGGAGUGGGCGUGCCCUGCAUGUGAGUGACAUUGGGGAGGGCGUGGCUGGAAGAUAUCUGAGUGAUAGUAUUACAGGGUUGACCAGUUCUUCCACAUCGGGAAUCACUGCCCUGACCAUAGAGCAUCACAGGCUGUGGUGGUUACUGGUGAUAGAGUUUAUGAGUCCAUAGUUCAGUCUGUGCUGCACUGUGCACACACUGAGUGCCUGGCAGAGCACACACGUUGUCCCGGAGCACAGAGGGAACUUCUUGCAAAGAUGAUGCCAAGAAGGACAUGUCUGGAGGAUGAGGAAGAGGAAGUACGGUUACUCAGUACUGAAGAAGAAGAGUAUCCAAAGAAACCCAGUCCAACACUUUCACCUCACCGCUACCUGGGAAAGGUUCGAAAUACAGACGCCGGAAUCCCGCUGAUUAUAAAGCCGACAUGGACUUCUUCAAGUUAUGGAGUUUCUAGAAAUAACCAUGCAUCAGCGCCAACAAAGACAAGAUUUGCUUUCGACAACCAGGGCUAUGAAGGUAGCCUCGACAACCUUACCCACUUAUCUUCUGACGUGAGAUCCAUCAUAGUAGGAAUAGUAGGAAUGACUUGUCAGUCGUGUGUUCAGUCCAUUGAGGGAAGGAUUUCCAAAAUUCCAAGCAUCGUUAGCAUAAAGGUGUGUUUGGAACAAGGCAAUGCCACAGUAUACUUCAUUGCUACAGAAAUAACCCCUCAGAAGAUUUGUGAAGAAAUAGAAGACAUGGGCUUUGAUACGGAACUGCAAGAGUUCGAAGAGACUUCAACAAUUACAAAAGGAACACAUUAUAAAGAAGAGCUUGUCAAGAUCAGAAUAGAGGGCAUGACGUGUCAGUCUUGUGUCAACACAAUUGAAGGUAAAAUUGGGAAAAUUCAGGGAGUAGAGAAGAUAAAGGUGUCCCUCACAAGCCAGGAAGCGGCGAUUGUGUAUUAUGCACAGUACAUUCAGCCAGAAGAGCUGAGGAAACACAUAGAUGAUAUGGGAUUUGUGGCAUCAGUCAAAAGCAAAUCAGAUCCAUCAAAGCUUGGAACAAUUGACAUAGAACGUUUACAGACUGUCUCUACUAAACACAAAGCCCCAAACACUGGUGGAACUGGCACUGUGGACAACACAGAAAAAAUAACUAUUUGUAUAGAUGGGAUGCAUUGUAAAUCUUGUGUGAAAAAUAUAGAAGGAUCCAUAUCUGACCACCCUGGUGUUCAGAGUAUCAAAGUCUCCCUUGAAAACAAAAAUGCCCUAGUUUGUUUCUUCAAAAACAGCACUGACCCGUUAUCCUUAAAAAAAGCAAUUGAAGAACUUCCUCCAGGAAAUUUUAAAGUUACCAUUCCAGAGGGAGGAGUUCUGAGCCCUAUAUCAAGAUCAAACUCUAACUCUCACUUUUCACAUAAACAAAGACAACAAGCUUCUACGCUUAUCAGUAUCGGAGGAAUGACCUGUGAAUCUUGUGUCUCAUCAAUUGAAAACAUGAUCUCCAAAAGGAAAGGAGUACAAUCUAUAUCUGUGUCCUUAACUGGAGGGGUAGGAACAGUUUGCUAUAUUCCUGCUGACACAAACGCUGAAGAAUUAAGAGCCGCCAUAGAAGACAUGGGUUUUGAUGCUGCACUUAUUUCAGACUCCCCGUUACCGGUGAACGAUAAACACUUGAGCGCCACAGAACCCGAAGAAAAGAAAAAAUUCUUAGAUAUGACCAGCAAAUUAAAUCUCCACCAAGACUAUAUUGUAGAUGUUCUUCCCAAGAAGCCUCACCCAGAUAUCCCUUUGAGGGACCACACUGCAGGCCAGAAAUGCAUUUUACAGGUCACAGGGAUGACGUGUGCUUCCUGCGUGUCCAACAUUGAGAGGAACCUGAAGAAAAAAGAUGGUAUCAUUUCAGUGCUUGUGGCACUGAUGGCUGGUAAAGCAGAGGUCAAGUACAUAGCGGACAGAAUUGAGCCAAGUGAAAUUGCACAGCUGAUUGAAAACCUGGGAUUCGGAGCAGUGGUUUUGGAAGAUUGUACAGCUACUGAUGGCAGCGUUGAGCUUGUAAUCACAGGCAUGACCUGCGCGUCAUGUGUUCACAACAUUGAGUCCCGGCUAAUGAGAACCCCAGGUAUACUGCAGGCCUCUGUGGCCCUUUCCACCUGCAAAGCUCAAGUCACGUUUGAUCCAGAAAUGAUUGGUCCACGAGACAUCAUACAAGUUAUUGAGAGGAUUGGUUUUCAAGCUGCUUUACCGAAAAGAGAUCCAACAGCUCACAACCUGGAUCAUAAACAUGAAAUAAGACAGUGGAGAAAUUCCUUUUUGUUCAGUCUUGUAUUUGGGAUCCCUGUCAUCUCCAUCAUGAUCUACAUGUUAUUUACCCACAAUAAAUCCCAUGUCCCUUCAGCACUGGACCGAAACAUUAUCCCUGGGUUAUCCAUCGUGAACCUCAUCUUUUUUAUACUUUGUACACUAGUCCAGUCCUUUGGAGGAUGGUACUUCUAUGUCCAGGCUUACAAGUCACUGAAACACAAAGCAACCAACAUGGAUGUGCUGAUCGUCCUAGCCACGAGCAUCGCCUACAUUUACUCUGUGUGUAUCCUGAUUGUGGCCAUGGCAGAGAGGUCUGAGCAGAGCCCAGAGACCUUCUUCGAUACACCCCCUAUGCUGUUCAUGUUCAUUUCUCUGGGGAGGUGGCUGGAGCACAUAGCAAAGAGUAGAACAUCGGAAGCUCUUUCCAAGCUCAUAUCCCUGCAAGCUACUGAGGCGACCAUUGUUACACUUGGACCAGAUCACUCCAUAUUGAGGGAAGAGCAGGUGGCUGUAGAAUUGGUCCAGAGAGGAGAUAUUGUGAAAGUUGUUCCUGGGGGCAAGUUUCCAGUUGAUGGGAAAGUCAUUGAGGGGACAUCUAUGGCGGAUGAGUCUCUUAUAACAGGAGAACCUAUGCCUGUCCGGAAGAAGCCAGGAAGUAUGGUGAUUGCCGGGUCCAUUAACGCUCAUGGGUCCGUUCUCGUUGAAGCCACUCAUGUUGGCUCUGACACCACAUUGGCCCAAAUUGUUAAAUUAGUGGAGGAAGCUCAAAUGUCCAAGGCACCGAUCCAGCAGUUGGCCGAUAAAAUCAGUGGCUACUUUGUCCCAUUUAUAAUCUGCGUUUCUGUCCUGACGCUGAUCGCCUGGAUCACGAUUGGCUUUGUGAAUUUUGAUGUCAUAAUCAAAUAUUUUCCUAGUUACAACAAAACGAUCUCUAAGGCUGAAAUCAUCAUACGGGUGGCAUUCCAGACUUCCAUCACUGUGCUGUCUAUUGCCUGUCCGUGUGCUUUAGGCUUGGCUACACCCACUGCGGUGAUGGUGGGUACUGGAGUUGCUGCACAAAACGGUAUCCUCAUCAAAGGUGGAGAACCUCUGGAGAUGGCACACAAGAUAAAUACGGUGAUGUUUGAUAAAACUGGUACAAUAACACAAGGGGUCCCUAAAGUCAUGAGAGUACUGCUACUGGGUGAUGUAGCCAGGAUGCCUCUGAAAAGGAUGCUCGCUGUGGUUGGAACAGCAGAAGCCAGCAGUGAGCAUCCCCUGGGAAUGGCAGUAUCAAAAUUCUGCAAAGAGGAGCUUGGCACGGAAUCCCUGGGAUAUUGUACUGAUUUCCAGGCUGUUCCAGGAUGUGGCAUCAGCUGUAAAGUGAACAAUGUGGAAAGUGUCCUGGUGCAGAGUGAAGAGGGUUUGAAUGAGCAGAACCUUUACAUGAGUGGCAUCACCCGUCCUCAGGAAGACAACUUACUGAUCAUUGCACCGGAAUUACAAGGAGCCACAGCCCCAGAACCUCACUCUGUUUUAAUCGGGAACCGGGAAUGGAUGAGACGCAAUGGCUUACACAUUUCCAGUGAUGUAGAUGAGGCGAUGACUGGUCAUGAGAUGAAAGGGCAGACGGCAGUGCUUGUAGCUAUAGAUGGUGCGUUGUGUGGGAUGAUUGCUAUCGCGGACAUGGUGAAGCAGGAGGCAGCCCUUGCUGUGCACACACUGAAAGCCAUGGGAGUGGAUGUGGUACUGAUCACCGGGGACAACAGGAAAACUGCCAAAGCAAUUGCUACCCAGGUUGGGAUCAGGAAGGUGUUUGCAGAAGUCCUUCCCUCUCACAAAGUGGCCAAAGUCCAAGAACUGCAGAAUGAGGGGAAGAGAGUGGCCAUGGUGGGAGAUGGCGUCAACGACUCCCCAGCACUGGCCAGAGCCGACGUCGGUAUCGCCAUUGGGACUGGAACUGAUGUAGCCAUCGAAGCUGCAGAUAUCGUUCUCAUCAGAAAUGAUUUGCUUGAUGUUGUUUCCAGUAUUCACCUCUCAAAGAGAACAGUGAGAAGAAUAAGAAUUAAUUUUAUUUUUGCACUGAUAUAUAACCUUCUUGGCAUACCCAUUGCAGCAGGUGUCUUUCUGCCGCUGGGGUUGGUCUUACAGCCCUGGAUGGGAUCAGCAGCCAUGGCAGCGUCCUCUGUCUCUGUGGUUUUGUCUUCACUGCAACUGAAGUGCUACAGAAAACCAGACUCAGACAGAUAUGAAGCCCAAGCACAAGGCCUCAUGAAGCCACUCAACCCAUCACAGAUAAGCGUUCAUAUUGGGAUGGAUGACAGGAGAAGGGACUUCCCAUUGACUAGUAACUGGGACCAGAUCAGCUACAUCAGCCAAGUAUCGUCAAGCAAGAACUCUCGACAGAACUCCCUAGCCGGAGACAGACAAGAUAAGUGCUCUCUCCUGGUCACUGAUGUGGACGAGGACCAGUACAUGUAAUCUGACAUGGUGGUAAAAUGUUACUACAUUGGAGAUGGGCAAGAACAUAUCGGAACUGUGUUACAGAUUGCAAACGUGGAAACACAAUGGAUAUGGAUUCAAGAUAAGGAUCAUCAACAUCUUUAUACCCAUAGAGUGUACUCAGGGAUAGAAUGGAAUCUAGUGUUAGCUGGCAUUUUGAGGAUUGUCUAAUGCAGGGUACAUAAUGUUACACAUCACAGUUGCUAAAGGCCAAAUUCUCUAAAGUCAUUCUCUUACGUUAUCACACUGUGCCCAGUUUUGUGGGGAUUACAGCGAUUUGCUUUUUAAGAUGCCAGGAGGAAAAAAUGGUUGCCCUUCUGAAUAGAGUAGCGAGGCACAUAGAUUCAAAUAUAGGUCUACCAUCAAUGGUGCCAUCUUUGGUUUAGGGUCUACCAUCAAUGGUGCAUUCGGUGGCUUACUUCUAUGGCAGGAAACCUUUGAUAAAUUUACACCAUCGAUGGCCACCAGUGCAGUGGCCCUGAAUGAGUGGGAGGUGGGACAUUGUGCCAGGCCCCCUUUCCCAAUCAGGGAAGGGGGGCCUGGAACAUUGGGGGAAAAGCUAUGCACAGUGAGCAAGUUGAGGGCUGGGGGCUGGCAUUAGAGUCCUCUCUGCUAUCGAUGGCAGAGGACCAUCAGACCUCCGCCAAACAUGGCAAUUCCAUCCACCAUCGAUGGCAAACCCAAUGGUUGCUAACCAUCAAUGGCCAUAACUGGUGUUCUAUUCUGCCUGGGCUUGCAAAGCAUUUUUCUCUCCACAAAAGGAUAUGGCAGAACUUGCGUACAAGUUAUCACUCAGUUAAUUAGUCUCAUAAUAGCGCACUAUAGGUAUCUUAAGCAAUCGAUUUUAGGUUCCAAAAUCUGACACAAAACAAAUAAUAAUUAAAAUUGCCUUUGUUCUCACAAUAUGGUUUACAUAGACUCCUGUCGUUUGGGGUUCUGAUGUGUUUUGCAAAGAGACAUUUACUCAAAGCUCAUGCUAGUUGUCUUCAAGGUGAUCUCGUGUAUAUGCAAUACAAGACAAUGGAUGUAGUAAGAUGAUAUGGAAGUUGUUAUUAAGGAUGUUUACAGGUUAUUGCUAUUUCCUUCACAUAAUUAUUCCCACACACAUUACAGUCUGAUACAGUACAUUAUAAAAGCUCUGCCACAUCUCUGUGUUUACUGUGAGUCUUUGUCAUUUCCACAUUUCUGUAUUUUCAUAUGAUUAUUAGUUAUUAGCUAAUUAAUAGUGAACUAUCUUGUACAUAUCUCCUGCUGAGCCUGUGUAUCUGCGCACAUAGUAAACUGUCCAGAUUUCCACUCAACUUCAUAAUUAAUAUACAUUGGAUUGGAACAAGCAGUAUUUUAGAAAAAAAAGAAAAUGCUUAAAACACAGGAGGGGGUGGCUGUACAGUGACAGGACCUGGGGAAUCUCCGCCACGCACAACCCUACAAAAUUGGACUUUUCCGUGGGGGCAGUUCCAAAUACCGAAAAGUGUGUGCGUACCCCAAUAUGUGCAAGGUGGAUGAAUUGCAGCGUUUGAGGAGAAUAAAAUUCACUGUUAUCUUCCAGUUUGUAAUUGUUCCUUAGUGUUUGAUGGAAUUGUGCCCCAGCUGGCCAUGUACAGACUGUGAUCAUUAGCUGUGCGUCUAGUAAAUGGGCAUUUAUAGUAUGACAAAGUACAGUAUUACAUGUAUCCUGUACAAUGACUGCACUGUUGUAUUAGAAAAGUCAAACUAUUGUAUUUAUGUCAAUUACUAUACAUUUUUCAUGAUGCUCUGCUAAGAGUGCGUACACACUCUGCAACAUUGCAUACAAUCUGACUGAUAUCGUCCGGGUUCACUACGAUAUUGUAUACUGCGCAUGUACGAUACAGGAUACGCUGUGUGCUCCCGAGGGUCGUAUCCAGCAUCACACGUUGGACCGACGUGGACAAAAACAGUUGUUCAGACAAUCCGGUUAAAUCAAAUGGAUUUAACCGAUUUGUCUGAUUGACAAUUUUUGUCUGUUUUUCAGUAUUUGGGUGCAAAUGGUCAACUGUCAUUUGCUCCCAUCCAUUACCAAAUUUUCUUUCCAACCAGCCAGUUUGGACAAUAAAAUCUUUAGGUGUAUGGCCAGCUUUAGAGUGGGGAGGUUGGAGGUUUAUAUGGAGUGAGAGACUGUGCACUGAAGACGGUGGUAUGUGAAGGAAAUUAGGCAUUUCUGCUGUUCGUUAUUCAUGUGGGGCCACAGUGGGGUCACAGUGAAACCCCGGCAUCGGCAAGUGCAUACACACUUGCCGGUGACGGGGUCGGCCAUGCUGUAUUCGGCAGUAUGGCCCUCGUCUGCAAUAUGGCCCAUCGGCCCUGCAUGCAGGUCUGACGGGCGACAGCACAUCGAGCAACAUAUCGUCUGCACACACUGGGCGAUAUCAUUCUGAACCGGCCAAUAUCUCCCAAAAUUCAAAUGUAGUGAUAAUUCUCAUAAUAACUAGCUCUGUUCAUUCGGAAAUACAAGUUUGGGUAUUUUUAUAUGAAAUAAUGCUGGAAACACGUAGAAUGUUCAAUACAAACUUUUAUUAUCUGAAUUGUAAGCAAUUUGUAUUGGGGAUUUAAUAAUGUAAAUGCAAAAACUACUUAAACAAAAGUCUGCAUGCAACACUCAAAACCACUUUAGUUAUGUGCUUAAUAAUUUUUUUUAUAUUAAUUUUUUUGAUUUUAAUACUAUGGCCGGAUGUAAUGCAGCGCGAGACGGCCAGACAUCUGAGAUUCCAGCUGAACCUUCAUGUUUUUUUAAAGCUGCAAUAAUUUACAUGGCAAAACCAGGUUGGCUUUACCUUGUAAAUGAUUGGCGCUUUAAAACAAAUGUACGACUUCGUCUGCAGUCUCAGAGCUCCAGCCGUCUUGCACUGCAUUACAUUGGCCCCAUAUGUUUAAAUACACUUUGGUGAGCAUUAAACCACACCCUUUCACUUAACUCUGUUAAUAUAAUAAUAAUAUUAUUAUAAUAUAAUACCCAGACCGAUAAAUGUGACAUUUUUUGGAUUAUAUUGUAAUACACAAAUCAGCAUUUGAAACUGUUGUGAAUGUUUUUUAAAUAUGAAGUAGAUGAAGUGUUGACACAUUUAAAGAGGGAAGUCCACCUUCGGAGAUUUCUAUGGUCUAGACCAGUGUUCCCAACCUUGGGCCUCAAGGCACGCUAAGGGGUAAAUAUACUAAGGUGGGAGGUUUUUUUUUAAACUGGUGAUGUUCCCAUAGCAACCAGUCAGACUCUAAUUAACAUCUAUAAUAGAUAGAAUCGGAUUGGUUGCUAUAGGCAAC